UUUAGCGUAGAUCUAUUUAUUGCCAUAAUCCUAUCUUUUGAACCUUGUUUAUGUAUUUGAUUUGGAACCUUAUGGUCUGUAUCUCUUAAUUAGCUAUGUAAUAGAUAGGAAUGUGGAAUGAUGGAUGCUAAGUAUUAUUUUGGUGUUUUAUGACUUGUUAAAUUUAACGGCUUGGUGACUACAUACACUACAAGAAUACAGACAUCUAGCGACUACAGCUCUAGCGACGAUAUCAAAAAUUCGUCGCUAGAGGUACUUUCAGGCACGCGGCUUCCUUUCGCGCUAAACGAAAUAAAAAAGGCCCAAUUUUUUUUAAUUUCCCUCGAAAUUUCUCUCUUGUCUCUCUGCCUUCCCUUCAAUUACCCAAACCCUGAAACUCCAAACAACCCCAAAAACAAAGAACCCAACCUCCUAAAGAUUGAAGCUACUAUGUGCUCCUUCAGUUCCACCGCCAAAAAAUUGAAGCUCCACCGAUCUCCCUCCCUCAAUUCUCCACCGUUCUCCUCCCUCAGUUCACGUAAGCUUCAGUUAGAUUUUUUUUUUUCAUUUUUUUUCCAGCUUCUUCUUGCUACCUCAAUCCAUUUCUCCCUCAGACCCGUAAGGUAUAUUCUCCCUCCCUCAGUCCCAUUUUUAACUUUUUUUCUCAGUUAGUUCUUCUUCUUCUUCUUCCUCAUUCCACUUGUUUGUUCUUGGGCAGCUAGGUCAUCUGGUUUGGUCAUCUUCAGACACAACUCCUCCGAGCUCCAUCGGACACGGCUCCUCCGAGCUCCCUCUGCACAAGCACUGCUAUUCAGGGGCUUGGUUUUGCAAGAUUUUCUAUAACGAAGGACUUUGGAUUUUGAUUGAUUUAUUGAGGUAUUUUCUCUUCAAAUGUGUUUAUUCUCUUUAUUUAGGAUUGUUUAUUUUGGUUUUUUUUUCAUUAUGUGCUAUAAGUUAAAGAAAAUACAUGUUUCAACUGAAUUUUUGUAAAACUUUAAUGUAUGUAGAAAAAUAUAUGUUGUUCUAUUAGUUUAUAAUUUGAAGAUAAUUUUAAAGUGACAUCUGCCACUUUCUGUCGGAUAAGCUUUGCAAAUGAACUGCUACACAAUCCUCAAUGGAAUUUGAUAAAACUUCAAAUUGAGCUAUUAUCUUUCCUUUUAAUUUCUUAUUCUUUUCUUUUAUUUUGUUUCCUCCCAAAAAAAAUUCAUAUGCCAAAUUACUAUAUAUUAUUCAUUUUGUGGUUUUCUUUUUCAUAAAUCUUUUAUAAAUAAAAGUAUGAAACUUGUUAUGUUCUAAGAUUUUAUUGAAUUUAUUUUUGGAUGUUAUGUUCUAAUUUAUGUAUACUUUGUUGAAACUUGGUCGAACAAGAAUAAAGUCACUGCACUAAGUGCAUCUAUGUUAGAAUCUUUUUAAGUUAUGGGGUGUCUUUUAGGUCCAAUUUUUCUUCAUAUGACCUUGAGUAGUUGGAUAGAAAAUAGGUUAUAUAUGUUCUGUUUUUGUAUGAUUGGGAUAAUAAUUUUGAUUCAAUUAGGCUUUAUUUUAAACUCUAAUUCAUGGAUUAGUAGAGAUUCUAUUCAGUUAUGGUGUUCAUCUAGAACUCCCACUAAUGCAUAAACCUGUUCAAGUACAUAAAUAAUUAAGCAUGCAUGACACUAGAUUAACUUAAUUAUUCAAAGUUUGUUCUAAGUGUCUUAGAGGAGAAGAAGCAUGUGUGUAUAUAUAUAUAUAUCUGUUUUGUGUGAAUUAGGAUUGAAAUGUGAAAUGUGAAUUGGGAAGAAGAACCUCAUAGGUGUUUGCUUUUAUAUUUAUUUUGUGUUUGAUAUUCAAGUCAUGUUGCUAUGGAAAGCUUAUUUGAUUGCCUUGGUUCCUUUUAUUUGUAUUUUUUUUUGGCUAAGAAUGAAGAUGUUACUUAGUCAAUGAUAGCUUUCACAUGCACUGUUAUCAAUUGCAUAAUAUUAAUUUGGUCUAUACAUAUAUCUCAUGUGUACAAAGAAUAUUAUUGAAAAUAACUACACUCAAUAAUAAAUGGUAAGUGUAGGUUGCAAGCUUCAACUAGGCUAGGUAAUAUCCUUCAGCAUUUGUGAUUUGGAUGUUCUGUUUUCGUCGGACAAAGAAUAAAGUGACUACACUGAGCGCAUUUAUCUUAGAAACUUUUUAAGUUAUGGAGUGUCUUUUAGGUCCAAUUUGUCUUCAAAGUUUGAUGCUUCUAGAUACAUUGAAAGAUUGUUCAAAUGUAUUGAAAUUUUAUAAUAUUUAAAUUUGAUUGUACAAAUUUAUCAAUGCAUAUAUAUUAUCAAAUUUAUUAGAUGUCUUCUGCAGUUAUGCAACAUCACGAAGGUGAUGGUGGGGCAGAUCCUUUUCCAGAUCCAAUGCAGAUACAUGUUGAUUGUGAGAGAGUGACGACUAAAACGAAAAGGCGCGGCAUCAACAAAGGGUUUUCAACUCGAGAAGCUAGAGUUGCAUUAGGUAGACCACUACCACUGGAGUGGGAUGUUCGAGGGAAGACUUACAAAGAAAUUGAUGAUUAUUCCCAACAUUUCUCUAGAAAGAUCGGCAUUCUCAUUCGACAAUAUGUCAAUCCCGACUACGGCCGAUGGGAUAAAGUACCCAGCGAAGUUAGGGAUUGCAUACUUCCUCGUCUAGAGGAUGAUUUAUUCGACAUUGGUCGAAGUCGAUAUGCCUUAGAGAACCUCCCCGGCAUUCUUUUGGGCAUUCAACGGUCGUGCGCUGAUUGUUACUCGGAGUGGAAGAAUGACUUGUCCACUCAUUUAAAAAAGAAUGGUCGAGCACAUCCUCCUGAUGGUUUGGUGGUGGAGAAAUGGCAGAAGGCGCUCUAGUAUUUUGAUCGCCCUGAAGUGAAGGUAUUCACAAAAAUAUUCUUUUUUAAUUUAUUUUUGUUAAUUUAACAUAUGGUUAACACAAGUUCUUUGCAGAGGCGUUCUGAGACUAACUCUGCGAACCGUGCAAAACAAAAACAGAGAAGCGUGCAGGGUUCACAGUGUACGCCAGCCCUUCGUUACAAGAAGGUACUUUCUUUUUUACAUAAUUUUUAUUUAUGUUUUUUUAUAAUGAUUUUUUUUCUUAAUUUUUUUCAAACUUCUUGUAUUGUAGCGUGAUUUACAAACUGGGUGUCUUGCUGGGGUUCCAGAGAUUUGGAUGGCGACUUAGUACAUAGACGAGGAAGGUUGGGUGAGCAAGGAAGCAAAGGAUAACUAUGUAAGUAAAUUUAUAUUUUAUGAUUUUCUUACUUUAUUGUGUUGUAAAUUCUAAUAUUCUUGAAAAUUGUGUGAUACAGGAAAAGAUGAUGGAGAUACGUGACACUCUGCAGUCACAAUCAUCUACGAGCGCCUCUGCUUCGAGUACUAUCCCGAGAGAAGAGGAUGACAUUACUCUUGUUGAGACGAUCUUUGGACGUCGUCGAGGCUAUCAGCCGAGCCUUGGUCGUAGGAUUCGCAUGAGGGUGAAUUUUGAAGCGGCUGAUGUACCUCAACUAGCCCAACCACCUCCGACCGCACAAGACAUGCAAGAGGUGAAGGAGCGACUCCGAGCCAUAGAGGAUCACUUGGCUAGGAUUGGUGGAGUCUCGAGAUCUGGAUCUUCUCAACAAGGUCAUGGUGCUGAUCCUACAACACCUAGUUAAAAACAUUCAUAUUUAUGUAUUUUAAUUUUACUAUGAUAGUUACUUUGUCAUAAAAAUAUUUAUAGUCAAAAUAUAAUUUUGUGCAUAGUUAAAGUUCUCUUCUAUUUCAAAUCUU